CUCGGGUGAUGAUAAGCCGUGCCCCGCCGCAGCGUCAACCCCAAUACUUGCCUUCUUCCCGUCGCUUCUAUCCUAGUUUCUAUGCCGCGCAUUAACUUCACAGAGUGCGCCGCCAUUUUCGCUGCAAGAACCCCCGAAGGCCAGCAACUAAGGUGGAAAUAUGGUUGGAACGGUACCCUGGUCGGGAUAGACCGCAGUCCAGAAACGCAGAUCUCACGUGAGGGCUGCCUUAAAGUAUGUGGACAAGGCGCCGCAACAUAUCCUUGGGACGAUGUCUCCUCCACCAUUACAACAUGGCUUUUACCAGUCGUGGGCACUCUACUCCAGGCACCUUUCGAAAGCAACGCAUUCGGGCGCACUUUGUUGGCCAUUACGCGAUGGGUUGGAUCACCAAUCGCUUCCCUCAGUUAUGUUCUUUGGAACAUCAAGGUCUCUGCCAAAGCAGCAUUGAUGGUUGACAUGGCUGUGCCGUUCGAUAGGGUACCAGACCGUAAGACUGACUUUGGCAGCAUGAGGGAUUCGAUGUACCUUUUGCUCGCUAUGAAUCAGUAUACAAUGGAACCAACGGCGAUGCUUCGAGCGAAGGAGGCAGAGGGCUUGCUACGAAUAGCGCUGUUUAGCAAGGAUCUGAAGCUCACGGAUACGCCGAAGACAUUGCGACAAAUGCGACGCAUCCUCGCUCGAGAACUACGUGAGAUAAGACGGCGCGGUGCGGUACCCGUGUUCGUGUCCAUCAUGUGGUUUCUCUUUGCGUUCGCUCUCUCCAUACAAGCGGCAUUUGGAGUAGUCGGCGAGAAUCGGACGGCUCACGAUCUAGCGUUGGGUUGUAUGCUCGCAUGGUUCCCAAUCCUGAUCAUGGCGACAAUCGUUGACCGGAACCCUAUUGCGGCCGAAGCGAUUCGAAAGAAGCUCAAUGCGCUGAUAAACCACGUACGGCACGCAUUGCGCGACGAACGCCAUCGGCAAGAGUUUAUCGAUUCAUUCAGUGACCAGCCAAAUUUCAAACCUUUUGCGCACCAUGUCCACGAUAUUGCAGCAAAAGCAGAAUACAUGGAUAAUUUCUUCGUGGAUUUUGCUGGUCAAGCCCGAAUUCGGUGGCACUAUGGGGCGGCACAUCCGGUCCUCUCAGACAUCGAGAAUUGUUACAUUGCAGACAAAGGCCGGAACUGGCUUGCAAAUGAGAGAGAAGCGCGUACGAACCUUGUCUUGGGACCUAUCAACGAUGAAGGUUUGGUAUGGUUUGACAUAAGAGAGUUCUGGCAGGUUGCUGCAUCAAUUGCGAUUGUUUUGGGUAGCUGCGGUGGCGCUUUCAUUCUGAGUUUCUUCACGCCUACCGUUGGGCUGGGGUGUCGUAGUGGUGGUUACACUAUAUUCUUCUGCAUAUCCCUGGGUUUGAUGAUCAUGGAGAUGAUUGUUUGGCUGAUCCUAUCCCCCUACGAGAUACAAGAGCCGCCUUGGCUACAGAGAACCCAUACACGAUUACAAAGCAACGCUCUUGUUCACCGGCUGGAUGAUAGGAGGCACGACCAAUGGGGUUACAUCAAGAGACGAGCCUCCAGUAUCGUGCGCACGUCAGAGAAUCUUCUCAUCAAAUUCAUCACGCGGCUAGUGCUACUAUACCCGUUCCACGACAAAGAUUCUACCAGAGAUAGAGUCGAGACUUUCCUCGACGAACGAGUAAAGAGCUUGAAAGCGAUGAGUCCCCAACGAAAAUGGGAAUGGUUUUUCUUCCGGCCGCUCGAGGCCUUCAACACCAUUUGGCUCGUCUAUAUUGUCGUUGCACAGACCUGGGGCUUCUACAAGACCUGUGAUUGUGUUACCAGUAAUUGGGGCGGAGCGGGGGGUUAUCUCGACUUUCGCGUGCAAGAUGUGGCAAGCAAGUGGGUGGAAGCGUACUGGUUGACAGGCACCCUGCUCACGUCCUCGGUUAUGGGCUUCUCCAUGUUCUACAUCACCGUCGAGUGGUGUCAACAGUCCUUUCUAUCAACGGAAGACUACGAGGACGCGAGGCAGGGACUGCAAAUGACGCGGAUAUACAGGCACUGGACGUUUCCCUUCCGCAGGCUCUCCCGCCUCCUUUCGCGCUUCACGUUCGACCCUAUGGAGCGCUUCGCCGUUGCCAUCGGGCUCAUCAAGUAUCCGCAGAAGACGCUGCUCUGGAGCAGAACACACACGCACGACCCAGAUAUCGCUCUCUCGGCCCCGGUGCAAACACCACGUCCCCACGGCAACCCCAGCAUCGAGCUGUCAGACUUCUCCACCGCCAUGGUGAGGGAUGACAGCCAGCAUUCGCACGAGCACGCCGCGUACGAAACACCCGCCAUGGCGCACUCGCUCUUCCCGCCAGCGAUCCCGCAGCGUAGACCAAGGCAAGACAGCGACGCCUCUGCUGCGCGGCCGUCGCCGUCGCUCCUGUACGGCAUCGGCAAUUCCGCACCGUUUCCCUUACCACCAUCGCCGUCAUAUCUUGCCCACCGCCCCUCGCACGACUCCGCACUCUCCUCCAGACCGCUGCUCCCCCGCCCCUCAGAAGCGCACCACCAGCGUGAGCGCGCGGGGUCCGCUACGUCGAUGCAGAGUGACGAGCGUGAUCCGCGUAGUAGCGGCGAGGAAAAUGGGCUCAUGUCGCCUGUGAGUCCGUUGCGGGUGGGAGAGUAUAAGCCGUUUUUGGGGAUGGUGCAGAGUAGACAGGGGUAUUCGAGGGCGAAUUCGGACCCUGGGAGUCCGCCUGGGGUAGAUGCGUUGGGGAUACGGAUGAGUGGGGUUGCGGAGGAUCUGGAGAAAGGGGAGGGGAGGUGAAGUGUGGGGGUUGGGUGGAUAACAUGAUUAUUCGAUCAUGUACAGAUGUUUUGUAUAUCGAAUAUUCCGUGACAGCAUACCGUAGGUAGACUUGCGGGUGCUUGCGAUAGACGAUGGUGGGCUAGGACUGUCUUCUGAUUGGU